AUGCAGAACGAACCUAUGUUUCAAGUCCAAGUGGAUGAAACUGAGGACACAGAAUGGAAUGAUAUUCUAAGAGCUAAAGGUGUUAUACCGGAGAGACCCCCAUCUCCAACAGCUCAAUUAGAAGAAGCCUUGGAAGAAGCCUUGAAAAAACAACAUGAAAAUAGACUAGAAGAUAAAGAUAUUAGUGAUUUGGAAGAAUUGGAAGAUGAUGAAGAUGAAGAGUUUCUAGAAUUGUAUAAAAGGAAACGGUUGGCUGAAUUGACUAGUUUGCAAAAUAAAUCGAAAUUUGGUGAUGUGUAUCAUAUUAACAAGCCAGAAUACAAUAAAGAAGUAACAUUAGCAAGUCAAGGUGGUGAAAAAUUCAAUACAGAUGAAGUAAAAAGUACUACUUUCAUAGAUAGUAAUCAAUCUAAGAUCAUGUCAGAAGCUGCAGAUGGAAGUACAUCAAAUGACACCAAAGUAGUAAAUAAGGAUGCCAUAUAUGUUUUCGUCCAUUUAUCGUUACAAAGUAAAUUACAGAGUAGAAUACUAGCUCAUAUUUUUGAAUCAGAAGCACCCAAAUUCCGUGAAAUUAAAUUUGUCGAAAUACCUGCAAAUAGAGCCAUUGAAAAUUAUCCAGAGACUAAUUGUCCAACUUUACUUGUUUACCAUAAUGGAGAUGUCUUAAAGAACCUAGUCACUUUACUUGAACUAGGAGGUAAUCAAACCACAAACAAGGAUUUUGAAAAAUUAAUGGUACAGCUAGGUGCUGUUGAUGAAAAGGACAAUAGAUUGGAGAUGAACCAAGAUGAUGAUGAGUCUAGAGAGGCCAGAUUGGCACAGUUUGGUAACAUAAACAGUAUAAGGACCGGUAUUAAAUCUAAAUUUAAUGUGGGUGUCGGCAAUGAUUCUGACGAUAACUAUGAUGAUGAUGAUGAUGAUAAUGAUGAUUUCUUUUCAUAG